AUGUCUGUCGAAGCCAAGUUCAACAAGGCCGUGUCCAUCGUCGGCUCGCUCCCCAAGGACGGCCCCGUCCAGCCCACCCAGGACGACCAGCUCAAGUUCUACGGCUUCUACAAGCAGGCCACCAUCGGUGAUGUCAACACCAAGAAGCCCGGCAUGUUCGACCUCACCGGCAAGUACAAGUGGGAGGCCUGGAACAAGAACCAAGGCAUGUCCAAGGAGGAUGCCCAGCAGGCCUACGUCGACGCUCUUCUCCAGCUCCCCCUCUGUCCAUCGCGCCGCUCGUCUUACAUUGCGAUUCAACAGAUCCUCAAGAAGCACGAGGACGAGGGCGACUCGGCUCAGCACAUCAAGGACAUCGAGAGCGCCUAG